AUGAAUGGUAAAUAGAAAGUUUUCUGGAGGAUGGAGAUUACAUCGAUGGGAUUUGUCAGUAUCACACUUGGAAAACAACCCAAAGUAAAGCACAGACUUGUUACGUUGUGUCCAGGAAAGUAUGGCAAUAAGUAUAUGGCACCCCUUCAAUUUCCUCUCCGAUCAACCUUGAAAGCAGUAACUCCACACUCGGAUUCUAGUCCCACUGGUUCAGACAUGCGUCUUGGACAAGGCCCUCCAGAGGACUUGCUGAGAGAGAUUCAGCGUCUACGAGAAGAAAAUGAGAGAUUAAGAAAGUCUGCAGUUAUUGACUCACCACUGAGUGAUGACCGAGUUGAACCUAUUGAGGACGAUAGACCACUGGGUUUGCCGUUAGAAGAUGGGAAGUUUUUACCCUUUAGUGUUGUAGAGGUGAAGAAUCCUACCUAUAGAAUUAUUCCAAUUCUUGGAGAAGCACAAUUAGUGGAUAGAGAGUUGCUCGUGAACUAUGAACCUGAAAUAUUGGAGACGUUUUGGCAAAACUCUAAAAACAAGCAAGAUAUUGACACAACACUACCUGUUGGUUUAUGGUCCAAAUGCAGUGUUCCUGAGUGGAGCUUUCCUGGUAGACAUGUGGUUGUUCCUUCUUGUGAGAUUAUCUCAUAUGAGAGAAGACCAAUUGGAAUAUUCAUCCCUGGUAGUUUAUUGAAAGUAUCUUUCGUAGAUGGUAUUGACCACAAAGUAUUGAUGAUAUUUGAAACAAAAGAGAACUAUUUAUCACAGAAAGAUUCAAGUGAUGGAAUUUGGCUUUGGCAGUGUCCAGAGAAGUCAACUUUACAAAUCGGGCGGUUAAGAAUAGCAAAGACGGAAUGGAACCCAAUGGGACGGCUUUUAUUAUGUCUUUCACCCAAAAUAGAAAGUCCUUAUCAUGAAGCCCAAACAUUCUUAGAAGUAGAUGAAGUCUUUUAAAAGUUAUAUUCAUUCCUUUUUAGAACUUCUUUGUUUUUUAUAAAAAAGACGAAGCCGUC